AUUGUGCUUUGCAGCCAGGAAUCCCAGGGCAGGUUGCAAAACAUACUGGUAAACUGCUCCUAUCGAUUCCGUGGUCCUAGUGUCCUUCCGGUACGGUUCAGUUCAGUGUGCCGGUGGCCAAAGUCCGUGUUGAAACGAUGUCGUUGCCAUACAAUUUCCGAGCGCUGACAAAGCGCCUUCUCUUCAACAGAUGCACAAGCACACGGUGGCAGCGAUCGUUCACCGGCGGCGAAGUAGGUGGACGUGCCAGCAAUUUGAAUGGUUCUACCGUAAAUGUUCCGUCGAAAGAGAUAGUAACUCCACUGCCGCCGCUGUCGCAAUCGAUGAAGGACCUUCCGCCGGUACAAUACGCCCGGCCUGGGGACCAGAAGAACGUGACACAAGUGACACGCCUCAGCAAUGGAUUGCGCGUUGCGUCGGAAAAUCGCUUCGGACAGUUUUGCACCGUCGGAGUAGUGAUCGAUUCCGGGCCGCGAUACGAGCUCGCAUACCCGAGCGGCAUAUCGCAUUUUCUGGAAAAACUUGCCUUUCAAUCGACCGGCGACUACAGCGAGCGAGAUGUGAUUUUCCGUGAACUCGAACGACACGGCGGUAUCUGCGAUUGCCAAAGUUCCCGGGACACGUUCGUGUACGCCGCCAGUGCCGAUAGCCGGGGCUUAGAAUCGGUCACACGCAUCCUGUCGGAGGUAGUGCUAAGACCACGGCUGUCGGUGGAGGAAAUUGAACUCGCCCGGCAAGCGGUACAGUUCGACCUGGAAACGCUGGGCAUGCGACCGGAACAGGAACCGAUUGUGAUGGACAUGGUGCAUGCGGCUGCCUACCGUGACAACACGCUCGGUUUCCCGAAGCUCUGUCCGGUGGAUAAUGUGCCAAAGAUUGAUCGCAACACGCUGCUGUCGUACCUGGGGCAUCACCAUACUCCCGACCGGAUGGUUCUGGCUGGCGUUGGUGUUCCACACGAUGAACUGGUCCGGCUGGCGGAGCGAUUCUUCUUGGAGGGAUCGGCCACGUGGGAAGUGGAAUCGAAACGCGCGUCCGCGCAUCCGAAAACUGUCGAUAAAUCAGUGGCCCAGUACACUGGUGGAUCGAAACUGGAAGAGUGUGCCAUUCCGGUGUACGCAGCCGUUGGACUGCCGGAGCUGGCCCACGUCGUGAUCGGGUUGCGUGGCUGCUCGCAUCAGGAUAAAGAUUUCAUUGCCAUCUGCGUGCUGAACAUGAUGAUGGGUGGUGGAGGUUCAUUUUCGGCCGGCGGCCCCGGCAAGGGCAUGUACACGCGGCUUUACACGAACGUCCUCAAUCGGUACCAUUGGAUGUACAGUGCAACGGCAUACAAUCAUGCCUACGCCGACACGGGCCUCUUUUGCAUCCAUGCCACGGCACCACCGACUCACGUGCGCAAUCUGGUCGAAGUGAUCACGCGUGAACUGUACACAAUGCAAUCGCGACCCGGCGAUCAGGAGCUGCGUCGUGCCAAGACACAGCUGCAAUCGAUGCUACUGAUGAACCUCGAGGCGCGCCCCGUUGUGUUUGAGGACAUUGGACGGCAAGUGUUGGCGACGGGCGAACGGCGGCGACCGGAACACUUCAUUCAGGCAAUCGAACAAAUUACCGCCGAAGACGUGCAGAACGUGGCCCGUAAGAUGCUCUCCACGGCACCGGCGCUUGCCGCUCGCGGUGAAAUUAAAGGCAUUCCGGAUGUGAAGGAUAUUCAUGCAGCACUCACUAACGAAGGUCGAUUACCGGGAAAUCGGCGGUUGACGCUCUUUCGAUAGAUAGCUGAUUCGGUUUUCCUGACUGCUUUCAAUCCAGCUUUUUGUCGCGUUUUAUCUUUAGUUAAUGAUGUUUUUGAACGAUUGAUCGGUGUUGUCGUCGGAAGGCUUUAAUAACAUUUUGGGUGGAUAAAAGCAAGACAGUACUGUGUAGAUAGCCAAGAAGACUGGCCCCAGGGGAGGAGGUCAGUUCGGCAAAGCGAUGCUAAGAGCACUGUUAUACGUAGACUGUCCACUUCUGACAUCAACUGAUGAUUUCAGAAGUGGAGAAUCGUAAAACCUCAAAAAAAUAAAAUACAUCAAUAAGAGAGAAUGAGAUUUGUCCCACUUCUCCGACCGGGAGCUUAAAACAUGAGCGUUA